AUGUCAUCUACCGCCCUCGUGCCGCCCAAGUCGGCGAGCACGCCGACAAAAAAGACACCAGUCAUUGCGGACAGCCCUGGAAAUUGGCGGCAUCCGCGUCUUGCAGAAAUCACCAAACGGCAGAACGCAACGGUAUUUUCUGAGAGAAACGUCAGGGCGAUUGUGUACAACCUCUCAUUUCUCGUCAUCGUCGUGGCCAUCCAGACCUUUGCUACCAGCUAUGGCUUGUUGAGACUAUUUGGCCAAGACUUCCGCCAGAAUUACGAGUCGUGGCUGUGGCUCACCCUGCAGUGCAUCCCCGUGGUGAACAUUGCCCUGGCGCUCCUUCCCCUCGUCCGGCGGCAAGACGAUCUGUCAGACAUUCCCCUGACCCCGAGCCAGCGAAAACUCCUGGGACUUCCGCCGAGCUCAGCACCGGCUACCCCGGGAUCGGUUUACAGCACCCCUCCUCGGUACUCGAGGACCCCAUCACUAUCCGGAUCUAUCGGGAGCAAUAAGAGUUACACCAGCUCGCCAUUGUCAGGUCGUGGCAGCCCUGGCCCCAGCAGCAGCAGGAUAAACGGCUCUCCAUUCUCUCCAGUCGCGAGCCCGCUGUUCCAGAAGGCAGUCAACGGGCCGCGCCGGUCAUCGUUCGGCUCACCAAGCCCCUUGCCGCCCAGCUCUUCUGGGGGCCUGUUCCCUGACGCGCCUGGCACCCCCAGCCCUAGUGGCACGGGAAAGCGUUCAAGUGUUGGUCUGAAUAAUAAGUGGCUCUAUGAGAGAGGAAGAAAGGGCUCUGGAAGUGGUUCACGAUUCUGA